CCUCUAUCUCCAUUCACAACUUGCAGUUUCAUUUCCCAAGAGAAAGAAAAGAAAAACAAGUGCCAGUGGCAGCAGUGCUUGUUUUCAUUCUUUCUCUCUACCUUUUUAUCUUCAACAUCCAAGAAAACCAAUUCCCACCGUCUCAACCAGAUCAAAACCACCUCUCUUUCUUCUUCAUUUUAUCUAAAAAUGGGUAGUCUUAACACAGAAGAUGUUCUUGAACACAGUUCAGCUUUCGGUGCAACAAACCCAUUAGACCCAGAAGAAUUCAGAAGACAAGGUCAUAUGAUAAUCGACUUCUUAGCUGAUUAUUACAGAGAUGUCGAGAAAUAUCCAGUUCGAAGUCAAGUAGAACCCGGUUAUCUACGUAAAAGAUUACCAGAAACAGCUCCAUACAAUCCAGAAUCUAUCGAAACGAUUCUUCAAGAUGUGACGAGUGAGAUUAUUCCAGGGUUAACACAUUGGCAAAGUCCUAAUUACUAUGCUUAUUUCCCUUCCAGUGGUUCCGUUGCUGGAUUCCUCGGUGAAAUGCUUAGUACUGGUUUUAAUGUCGUUGGUUUUAACUGGAUGUCUUCACCUGCUGCUACAGAACUCGAGAGUAUUGUUAUGGAUUGGUUCGGCAAAAUGCUUAACCUUCCAAAAUCAUACUUGUUCUCUGGUACCGGUGGUGGAGUUUUACAGGGAACUACUUGUGAAGCUAUCUUAUGUACAUUAACAGCUGCAAGAGACAGAAAGUUGAACAAAAUCGGUCGUGAACAUAUCGGAAGAUUAGUUGUUUAUGGAUCUGAUCAGACUCACUGUGCACUACAGAAAGCUGCUCAGAUUGCAGGAAUCAACCCCAAGAACUUCCGUGCUGUUAAGACGUUUAAAGCUAAUUCAUUCGGAUUAGCAGCUUCAACUCUAAGAGAAGUUAUUCUUGAAGAUAUUGAAGCCGGGUUGAUCCCUCUGUUUGUAUGUCCAACGGUCGGAACUACAUCAUCGACUGCAGUGGAUCCAAUCGGUCCUAUCUGUGAAGUGGCGAAAGAAUACGAAAUGUGGGUUCACAUCGACGCAGCUUACGCUGGAAGUGCAUGUAUCUGUCCCGAGUUUAGACACUUUAUCGACGGAGUGGAGGAAGCUGAUUCAUUCAGUCUCAAUGCGCAUAAAUGGUUUUUCACAACUUUGGAUUGUUGUUGUCUUUGGGUUAAAGAUCCAAGUUCCCUGGUUAAAGCUCUUUCCACAAAUCCUGAGUACUUGAGAAACAAAGCUACAGAGUCAAGACAGGUCGUUGACUACAAAGACUGGCAGAUCGCACUCAGUCGCCGAUUCCGAUCCAUGAAGCUUUGGAUGGUUUUACGUAGCUAUGGUGUGACUAAUCUGAGAAAUUUCUUGAGGAGUCACGUUAGAAUGGCAAAGACAUUUGAGGGUCUCGUUGGUGCGGAUAGGAGAUUCGAAAUUACUGUGCCUAGGACGUUCGCUAUGGUCUGCUUCCGCCUUUUACCCCCAACAACCGUAAAGGUAUGCGGUGAAAAUGGAGUACACCAGAAUGGAAACGGGGUCAUUGCAGUACUACGCAAUGAAAAUGAAGAAUUAGUCCUUGCUAAUAAGCUGAAUCAAGUGUAUUUAGAGACGGUCAAUGCAACAGGUAGUGUUUAUAUGACACAUGCGGUCGUCGGAGGUGUCUACAUGAUUCGGUUCGCAGUCGGUUCGACCUUGACAGAGGAACGCCAUGUUAUUCAUGCUUGGGAGGUUUUGCAAGAGCAUGCAGAUCUGAUUCUUAGUAAGUUCGAUGAAGCAAAUUUUUCAAGUUAAGUAAAUAUUUCGCGUAUCUUGUGGUUGACACUUCAGACCAGAGAAGCUGCAUUUGAUGGUGAACGGUGGCAAUUGAAAAUCUAAUAAAAUCGUUCGCUAGCAUCUAUAAAGUUGGAACAAAGAAUAAAAAAAGAAUGAAAGAAAAGAAAAUGGAAGAUAGUUGUUGAGAGGGGGAAGUAAUUUUGGUUUGGUUCUUUACUUAAGAAAUAUUUCUUAGGUUUAAAUUUAUUAUUUAUUCAAGUUCAAUUUUUAUUUUAUUUUUUCAAUGAAUUAAUGUAUCAAUUUUCGUCAUUAUUUUUGUAAUGUAGAUUUGUACCAAAGUUGUUCAUCAGUAAAUGAGAUACUAUCAAUUAUGUUUA